GAACCAUCAUGGCCUUUACGUUGUAUUCUCUUAUCCAGGCUGCCAUCCUGUGCAUUAACGCUGUGGCUGUGUUACAUGAAGAACGAUUUCUCAGUAAAAUUGGCUGGGGAGUGGACCAAAGUGUUGGAGGAUUCGGUGAUGAACCAGGCAUCAAAGUGCAGCUGAUGAACCUGAUCCGGUCUGUGAGGACAGUGAUGAGAGUGCCACUGAUAGGAGUGAAUACAGUUUGCAUUGUGCUGCUGCUCCUGUUUGGAUAAAGAGUGAAUGAAGUUGGGACCAUCAAACCUGCUCCCAGGAGAAGAUGUUCAUCUGCUCAGAAGACCUGUGUCAAGAAACAGUUGCACGAAUCUCCCAUCAGCCUAAACACGAAUGUCUUUAGGAGUUAAAAACUGCUGAGCUGAAUUUGGUUUCAACUUUUCUCAACUAAAUCUUAUUAGCUCAACAGGUUUUACAUUUUACUAUUUUUUUUACUAGUUUUUGACUAGUAAAAAUGUGAUUUGUACUUGCAAAUUAUGUAAAUAAGUCCUGAAAUUGUGUAUUUUGUCAAAAUGCUUAAUAUUAAAGAUUCUUCAAGAUCA